AGGUGAUAACCGUCAAGAGCUCGUAAACAGCUUCUGCUGUAUAUUAAGUUUAAAUUUUGUGUUUUUGUGUAGAAUUAAGUAAAAUAAGUGUCUACUUUAUUAAGGAGUGAUAUGAAACCUAGAAAAGAACUCGAUUAAUUUGAAAAAAAAUUGUGAUCAAGUAAAUGAAACCAUUUUUCAUCCAUCGUUUGAGGUGAACGGAGCAGAGUUGGGAGUUGAGUGGAGUAGUGUAACUGUUCCCGUUCUCUCCUUUAUUUCAACCAUUGCGGCUAUACUGUCAUGGAGGGUCGUUUCACUAGCGACGAAUUAAAUUGUAUUUAAUAGAAGUAUUCGUGAGAGUUUAACAGUGAUUGUGUUUGGAAAAGAAGUUAUUUUUUUUUUUUUAGUUUUGUUUUGACUUCUCACACCUACCGCAUUUUCAACAUUAUAUUCGAAUCGUAUUUAUUAAAUAUUAUGAUUUCUUAAGAAGUUUUUAUGUAAGCUGUUUCUGCAAUUUGGAGUAAUGGUAUCACCAUACAAGAAGAAAAAGUUAGAAAGAAAAGGAAGGGUUACACUUGAAGCCAAUCCUCCCAAAAAUAGCCUGGAUUCGAGAAGGAUAAAGACUUCAAAGCCCUUGUCAAAUAAGAAGUUUUAUUUAGACAUUAAGAAUCAUGCAACUUUGAAGAAAAUUGAAAAUAAACUUACAUCCCUUGGCGCAGGUGUAGAAUUAUUCCUCGUAAAGGAUGUCUACUGCGUGGUGACAGACCGUGAUGAAUACAUAUCGUCGAGGAAUCAGCAGGUUGGUAGGAACACACCGAGGGGACUGGUCACUCCUUCGCCAUUCUGUUCUGUCUCUCCUGCUACUACCGACUCCCCUGGGGAUGGAGUCAUUUCUAAAAGAACACGUUCAAGGGCGGAAGCCAUGCUUGAGAAGGUGAGACAGCAACCGCAGAAGGCAACUCUUGAUAUCUUAGACAGUGCUGUUGGAUGGGGCAUUCCUAUUUAUUCCUAUACCAAGUUUCUAGUGUGGUUGGAGAAAAUAGCAAGAAAAGAAGUAAAAGAUCCUAAAGGAAUCCGAGAACUGAGAGGACAUUAUUUGAAGUUAGAGACCGGUUGUGGUAGACCUGAUUUCAGGCAAUUUCGAGUUUGGCCGAGGAUUUCAUUUAAUGGCGAUGAACCUACUGCAUUUCCAAAACCUUUGUCCAAGAAUGAUCCCCAAAGGAUGACAAGGAGAGGAGGGAAGGUGGGAAAGGAUUCAUCAGUUGCUGCUGGAGGAAAUGGCUAUUGCGAGAUGUGCAGGGUGCAUUACGAUCAGUUAGAUGCUCACAUUGCCACAAGUCAGCAUGUUCGCUAUGCUUCUGAUCCGUCUCACUACACUCAAUUAGACUCUCUUAUAUCUCAUCACGAUUUGGGGAACAUGGGUUCAUUGCGGAAGUCGUUAAGGAUCGCCAAGUCCCCUCCUGUUGAUGUUACCAUCGUGAAGGCGACUCCAACUGCUCCUCCAGAAGGUCAGACAGCUCCGGUCAUCAACGGUCAUGUUACCCGAUCCAAAUCAGAUAAGAUUCUUAGCAACGGACUCUCUCCAUUACAAGAGAAACGAAAGAAUUCUAUCAAAGGAAGUGGAGGAGGGAAUAGUGCCGCUACUGAGAAGAAGGAUGAACCAACUGUAAAAGUAGAGCCAUGUGAAGAUCAUAAUUUACGAUCAAGGCAUCAACCUAUAAAAGUUCCAACUACUCCUCAAACUCCAACUGUCGUUAGGAGGAAUAGAUUGUCGAGGAAAAGGCUUUCUGUGGAAGAGAAACUUAUCGAGGAUAACAAGUCUUAUUAUAAGGUUGAAGUGUUAAACUCUAAAUUGAGAUCUACUGAGUUUUUUAUUAAUCAAAAACAAUUGGAGGCAAGAGUAGUGAAUGAUGGAGUUGUGAAUGGAAAUUGCACUCCUGAAAACAUCCCUGAUAAUGGUCAACAGAAGCAAACUGCUGUAGAAAACGGCAAAGAACAAGAUAAAGAGCCUGUUGUCGUCAGGUUUAAGAAGGUGCGGAGGUCACAGUUAGCACUCUUAAGUGAUGAAGCUGAAAGUUUUAUGUUCGGUGAAUCUACAACUAAAAAAGAUUCAAGGAAGGAUGAAGAUUCUAGUAGCUCCGAUUCCAGUGAAAGAGAUUCUGAAGGAUCUGGUACAGCUGAAGAAAUCAUCCCUAAAAAGAAAGUGCGGAAACCUGUUACCAACAGUGAAGGAUCAAUACCCCGCAACAAUGCAAAAGGAACAGAACCACAGUCAGUAGCAACUCCUCCUAGAUUGAAAUCACCGCGCAGAGUGCCUUCUGCUGUUGAUCUCUCUGAAGAAGGCAAAGACGAGGCUUCAGAAGAUAGCAUUGAUAUAAACCUUGCCAGUAUUACAUUUUCAUUUGAAAAUCCCCUUAAAAAUGACCCCUGGUUUGAAACCUUAAAAAGGAGGGAAGAGGGAAGAAAUCUGUUUUAUUAUCCUCAUUAUCAUAAUUAUCCAAAAAUACCUUUACCUUGUGAAUAUCCAGUAUCUGAAAGGUUUAAGCUUUUAACCGGUAAGAAAGGGCCAUGUUUCGGGAAACGAAGAGACAGGUUUUUUAGAUUGCUGGAUGAAGGCAAGCCGAGAAAAAGUCCUAGAUGUCAUGCAUCAACUCUUGCCAUUAUGUCUAGUCUAAUGCGGAGAAGACCCAUCAGAGAAUGUACCAGUAAUCCUGACUUCACUUACGAAGAGGAGUCGAGAUCAUCUUUGCCUGAAACGAUAGAGUCAUCAUCGUCUGCUUCCGAGAUCCGAACUGCAUUGUCAAUUAACGGAGAUUGCAAUCAAUUGCCUAUAGACCCCAAUGGUGACGUCUACGCUAUUGCUUUAGCAAGGUUAGCUUGUGGUGAAACUUCAAGCCUGCAAGUGGGAUCUGGUCCAUGUUUGCCUAUCAGCCAUAUGCUCUUGGAGGAUUCUUUACCCGAAAUAGGAAUCGAUUUGAAACCUGGUCUGUCUAUUCCCCUCGAGUCCAUAAUUAACCAGCAGCAUAACUCUAAUCAGUUCCCACAGUCGUUAGAUAUGGAUUUCCGAUAUCUCGAACCUGAUAGAGAUUCCGGUUCUGAUUGUUCUGAUUUAAUCGGCUUUUCAGAUGAUGGUCGUGGAAUAAGUGGACGGCGGAGAAGGAGGAAGAGAAAUUUAACUGGUUGGCCGAUAGAAAAACCCAGAAAGAAAGUAAUCAAGAAAGAAGAGGAACCUCCUCCUCCAGCAACUCCUCAUCUUAUGAUAAAAUGUGAACCUUGCGAAAUAAAGCUGGAACCCAUGUGUCCUGAAGUUUUGCAGCAGUUGACUUGCUCAGUGAAACGUGAACUGUCCACCUUCAAUGGAGGUGAUUCAGCUUUGGUUCCGGUAAAGAGAGGUCGCGGACGACCGAGAAAGUAUCCACCUCUUCUCACUGCUAUAACGCCGCUGUCUCCAGCUACCCAAUCAUCCCCUGUAAAAACAAAACUUCCAAGAUUUUCUUUCACACCACGGAGGUCCUGUAUUAAAUGAAUAGUUAUAACUUAAUCCAUUUUAUUACCCUAAAGCUUCCCACUAGUCAGUUAGGAACCUAUAAAAUGGUGUGGGUACAAUAUAUCAAUAAUGCAACAUAUAAUUUGUUUUAUAUAACUAAAGAAAAUAUAUAUUUUAAAGUUUUUGUGAACCUACUCAUAAAAUGUUGAUUGUAAAUACAUUUUUUUUUGUUUGUUUUUAAAUAUUUUUUUUAAUGUUAUUUUUUAUAUAUAUAUAAUUUAUUACGGCUGUUAUGCCUCUGUAAAUAUUAAUGUUUUCAGUUGUCUCUUUUUCAUUAUGUAUUUAUUUUCCAGUAUUUUAUAAAAAUGUAUUUAUAUAAAUAUAUACAUAUGAAUUUAUCUAAAAGAAAGAAAAUGAUAUAUGUAUUUAAGUUUUGUAUUAUAUUUUUAGGUUAUCUGUACAGAGUAAAUUUUAGAUUUACAUAUCUUUAAGAAGAAAAACUAUUUUCCCUUUUGUAAUAUUUGUACAUAAAAAAUGAAUAUAUAUAUAUAAUAUUAAUUUGUUAAUCAGAGACAAGUGUUUUGUACAAUAAUAAAGGAAGAAUCUCUUAUAUAAAACAUAGCAGAAUAGAAAACAGAAAAUCAUUAUUUGGUGGUUAUGUUAUUUGUUGUCUUCUCUAUAUCUAGAUAAACGGUAACUGCUUUAAAGAAAAGAUGUAAUUUUAUAUAUUUUAUUAUGUUUAGUACUAAUGAUUUUUUUACAUUUGUUCCAAACCUAUUAAAUAGAAUUGUCAAGUUAUUUGUAGUGGCUGAAUUGUAUACUUCCAUGAUGUCUUUUACCAAAUGAGAGAAAAAUAUAUUUAUUUAUUAACUAUGGAGCUUUAGACUUUUAAGGUUGCUCUUCUGCUGUUCCUAUUUUGUAUGAAAUAUGUUAUUUUAUAUCAUAUACGUAAUAAUGAUGUCAAAUAUAUAAAGAAACACUUUUGCAAUUUUUAAUUUUAGUAUUAACUCUGUCUUUUCUUUUUAAAUAUCUUAAGUUCAUUAUUAUUAAGAUGAGUUAUUUUGCAAUGUAAAAAAACUCAGUAAAUAC